CUUUCAGAUAAGCCAUGGAUGUCAAGGUCAAGGUCAAGGAGGCGUUCGGCAUGACGCUCUGUGCGGCCGCGCUGUUCGGCCCCGGCCUGGCCGCCUCGCCCCCCACGCCUCGGGCUUACACCAACUGUCACGACAUUCUGCUGCAGAUCUCCCAUAACGACUCGUUCAAGGUGUUGCUCAGUGCACCGGUUCCGGGGAACGUGACGCUGACGUUCCAGCGGAGCGACACGUCCGUUCUGGAGCCGAUCCCGCCGCUGCUGCUGCCGGGGAACUCCGCAGACACCGCCACCGUGCCGUUGGUGCCGAAGAGCCGCGGCCACUGCACUGUCACGGCCAACGCCAGUCUGCCGGACGAUCAGUUCAGUGCGUCCGGUGUGUUCGUGCGCGUGAACGUGCUGGAGACGUUCGGACUGGACACGUUCAGCUCGGUCGUUGGCUGGUGCUACUUCGUCGCCUGGACCAUCUCGUUUUACCCGCAGAUGUACAUCAAUUGGAAACGGAAAAGUUGUGACUUGUCGGCAGUCGCGUGA